AUGAAAAGCAUCCUCCUUAAGCUGGUUCAAAUACCAAUGCUAAUGUUAAUACUAUUUAAAUUUAUAAAGGGCUCUGAGGAAGGCAAAAUACACGUCUUAGAAUUCAAUGUGACCAGUGAAUACACGUCUGAUAAGAGAAGAUUUAUCUCCAUAAAUGGCUACAAUGGUACGUUUGGCCCAGAAAUUAGAGUCAAAUCUGGUGACACUCUCAACUUAAGAUUGAUUAACUGGAUAUGUUCAGAAGAAGAAGCAGGUAAAGACAAUGUUGUAUGGAAAGAUUACUGUUCAACAGCUUUACAUUUCCAUGGGGUCGUACCUUUGUCGAACAGAUUUGAUGGUAUUCCCGAUUUAACACAGCCCAUCAUUGGAUACGGAGAAAGUUAUUGGUACAAUUUUACUAUUGAUAGAUCAACCUGUGGUACUUUUUGGUACCAUUCGCAUUCGUCAGUACAAUACGGUGAUGGUUUGAGAGGUGUUCUAAUAAUUGAAUGCGAUGAUUAUGAUAAUCAUGUGGAGAAUACUGUUAAUUCUGUGAGUGACGUUGAGACAUUAAUUGACGGUAUUGUCACAAUGAAAAAAAAAAAAAGCACCAAGGAAUUGUCUAAGCAUGAAGUGGAAGAAAAGAUUAUCACUUUAAGUGAUUGGUACACAAAUUGGAAUUUGGACACUUUAAAGGAUAAGGUUUUGUCACUUACUGGGGGUACGGAUCCUAAAUUAGAUGGAUCAUUAAUUAAUGGAAAACCAUCUGACGGUGAAGGUAUCAAACUAGGACUUAACGCUAAGUAUCUCCUAUUAAGAAUUAUAAACGCAGGCAUGUCUGGUACUCAAGUCUUUCACCUUGAGGGAUUCCAAUUAAUUGUUCUAGAAACUGACGGUAUUAUGAUUAAACCGUUCAUUGUACAAACGCUAACUUUGGCGGCUGGACAAAGAUAUACCGUUUUGGUCAAACUAAAGACUGAUACUAAUCCUAUUCGCAUGAUUAAUGGCUGUAAUAAAAUGAUGGGUUAUAUAACAAAACAGUGGUGGUUUUACAAAGAGGGCCUUCAUUUGGAUCUAUCAAAGAAUCCAAGUGACGUUUCCAUCAAACACUUACCUGGUUUCACCAAGACCGAGCUAUAUCGCGACCUAGAACCAACGCAGGAAGAGAACAAAAAGUUACGCAUCAAGACUGAUCCCGUUGCGGUCUUCGAGUUCGAUUAUGCCUAUUACAAAGAUGACGAUACGAAACGAAAAUAUGGGACUGGGAUGUAUAAGGUGAACAAUCGGACAUUCAGCGAGUACUUAAAAGAACCGGUAAGUUUCUCCGAAUACAACGAAACAUACGAGGUGAUAAUCAACUCAUUGGAUCACAUGAGACACCCAUGGCAUAUGCAUGGUCAUCAUUUCCAGGUAAUAUCUCUUGGCACUAAUGGUGACGGCCCACUCCACAGAAACGUACAAGAGGGCGAGGCAUGGACCCAGUAUCAGAAAGAUUUACGUCAUUGGGCCCGAACCGGGAAGGCACCAAUGGUAAGGGAUAGCAUUAACAUUGCAGGAAAUUCUUAUGCAGUUUUGAGAAUUAGGACCGAGCUGCCCGGUAAAUGGCUUCUACAUUGUCAUGUGGAGUGGCACAUGAUGAAGGGGCUUGGUAUUGUCUUUGAGGUUCCCGCAACAACUACUGACGGUACGAAACAAGCAACCACAGCAAUAUUACAGUACCCUACCAAGGAGCCAAACCCUACUACAGUUGUCCAUCCAGCUGUGCUUCACCAAAACAAAUCCAAGGUAAUAACCAUCUACAUUCUAAUCAUGUGUGCGAUUGAUGGUGUCUUCUACUGGUUGCUCAUGUAA